AUGGACACUAUUGUCACUCAAAUCCACGCGUUGGCCAAAGCCGCCGACGAGGCGGGUCGACUCAACAUCAUCAAGGCGCUACGUCAAGUUCAGGUUGAGCUUCAAAGUCCCAAAGAUAGUCUCAUGGAGAUUGCAGGCUCGGGCUUGGUCAAUGCAAUGCUUCGCGUUGGUGCCGACAUAGGACUCUUCGGCUUGCUCGCAAAGAGCGAUACGCCGUUAAAAGUCGACAGGAUUGCAGAGUCGACGAAUGCCUCCCCUCAGCUUUUGGAGAGAGUUCUUCGUUACCUGGCUGCAACGAAUGUUAUCAAAGAGUCAGCAGCCAAUGAGUAUACAGCAAAUAUGCUCACUCACGUGCUGGCUGAUCCCAAAGGUGAAGCCAUGAUCUAUCAUGGAUUCGACACCCACGGGCCUGUGGUCCAAGCAAUGCCAGACUUCUUUGCAGAGAACAAUUACCAAGAUGUCACGGACAAUACCAACACGCCUUUCCAGAAGGCUCACAACACGAAGCUCACUUCGUUCGAGUGGCUUGUCCAGCAAACAAAGCACUUCGAGAAUCUGCAGAAAGUCAUGACAUCUCUCCAAGGAUCGGAAUGGACUCAUGACUUUGACCUUCUCGACGAUGAAGUUCAAAAAGUCCCAUCCAGUGCGCCGCACGCAGUUGAAAGCCCAUUCUUCGUCGACGUUGGCGGUGGUCACGGUCACCAGUGCCGUGAGCUUGGGAAGAAGUACCCGAAUCUGCUAGGGCGUAUGGUCCUCCAGGAUCUUCCCGAGGCAGUGGAGAAGCUUGCUCCGAUAGAGGGAGUUGAGAUCAAGGCUUACAAUUUCUUCCAGCCUCAAGCAGUCACUGGCGCCAAAUUCUACUACCUUCGCAGAAUCAUGCACGACUGGCCUGAUAACGAGGCUGCCGUCAUUCUCCGGAACACUGCCGCCGCGAUGAAUCCCGAAUCACGGAUCUUGAUUGACGAUACCGUGCUCCCAGAUACUGGCGCAAAUUGGCAGUCGACCUUGGCGGAUCUUGCCAUGAUGGCCUUUGGGGGCAAAGAGCGGACUGAGGCCCAGUGGCGCUCACUUGCGAAGAGUGCCGGCCUGCGUCUUGAACAAAUUCAUACUUAUGUUGCUUCGACUUACACUGCUGUGGUUGUAUUGGCGCUUGAAUAA